CAAGUAUGAAUUCGACAGAAAAACCCCAAUAUACCAGUGGGUCCAUUGAAAAUACAACUGCAGUGACUGUAACUCCGACAUACGGGCGUGUCACUAAUAAAACGACGUUCGACUAUCCCUCGUUUUCUUUCAUAAAUACAUCAACAGAGCCAAGCAUGAAUUCGACAGCAAACGCCCAAUAUACUAGUGUGCCCAUUGAAAAUACAAGUGCUUCGGACCAAAUGACAGCAACAGUUACUUCUACAUACGGGCCUAUCAUUAAUAGUUCACUCACAGGAACUAGUGCAGAUACAGUUAACAUGUAUGGCAUCAACUCUACGACAAUGAAAACAGUGACGACGUUGCCUUACAGUAUAGACAAACGUCGGACAGACGGAAUAGUAACUACAUUGCCGUUUACAGGGAACCCGGACGUUGAAGAACCCCCACCUGCUGCAGGCGAGAAUACUGCUACCACACCUGUUCUAAGUACGGCUCAAGUUACCACUCUAGCCGCUUCUACGAUGGGUACAACAACCAAGGCCACCACUGCAGCGCCAACAGUUGCACCAACGACGCCGGCAGCAACUACAACUACUAAACCUACAACUACAGUACCGACAACUCCACCGCCGCCGCCGCCAACACCAGCACGAGUGACAACGGUAAAGGUGACAACGAAGAAGAAGACAGCGCAUCCCAAAGUCACCUCUAACACUACAAUAGUUACGACGACAACUACACCUGCACCACCGGUCAGGGAUGGAAGUCUGGACGUGGACGGGUUCCAUCCUGUAGGCAACACGGACCUCAUCUUCACUAGCCAAGCCGUCGUUGAUAAGGAGGCAUUAGACCAGCUAGUCCAGUACGACAACCCGUGCCAGUACUACGAGUGUGACAGUGGCUUCAGCUGUCAUCAGGAGGGCGAGACUACCAAGUUCUCCUGUAUCUCACGGUGCCUGGUCAACUAUUGUCUGACCAGAGGAUUCUGCACUCACUUGCUGGAAGGUCGUCCAACUUGCAAAUGUGACUCUAACUCAGGCGGCUGGUACACUGGGGAGAGGUGUGAUUACUACAUCUCACACGUCGCCGCCGUCCUCGUUGCUGUAGGUGUACAGGCCUUUCUCCUGGCCUGUAUCAUCUUUAAGAAAAGGAAAGACAGUCCCUACCUCCUUCCUGUUAGAAUAGCACCCGAGGCAUCGUACGCACGAUUUGGUGAGCAACGUUUCUGCCCAGUCUUCACCUCAAGCCACGGUGUCUACUGUGGUGGCGACAAGUGCGAUGAACAAGCCUUCAUCAAACGCUAUGACUACAGCGGCCCUUACAGCUACGGACAACAAGACCCAACAGACAGGAACUACACCAACGCCUACGGCACCUACAGUAAUAGCAUAACGCAAUCUACUCAUGAUACAAGUAAAAUUCCACCAACAACUGCUUCUACUAUAAGGGAAAAUUCUAUGCCCACUACGUCAAAACUAACGGUGAACACCGGCAAAAGCACCAUGCAUACUGCUUCAACUUCUGCCUCCACCAAAGCAACCACAACUGUACCACAAACUACACCCACCAUGGUAGUACCAAGUAGUGAUAGUAUUGGUGUUUCCACGGCUUCACCAAAAGCCUACACGAGGAGCACGGAUUCGGUCCCAAACCUGGAGAAUGGGACUACAGUCAUCGAUACAGUCCCUGGACAGAAGAAACCUUCCCAACCAAAGAAAAUAGCCUAUUAUAGGUUCCCUGGAGACCUAAAGGUAUACGCCCACUCCACUAUCCAGUUCAUCCGGCAGUGGGACCCCCGUCUGGGGAACAGGACUUCAGAACAACACUUGCAUUUUGCCGACGCCUUCAAGGCAACGGUUGAGCCAUACUACGCAAAGCCCAAGAACACUGGGUUUCAGAAUCUUGAGGUCGUCAAUUUAAGGGAAGGCAACUAUGUCCGUCCCCACGUGGUAGUAGACUACAGAGUGAGGUAUAACUACACCCAGCUGAUGUCGGCAGGCGGGUACUGUAACGUGCUGGACAUGACCGGGCUGCCUGGGACUGUACGGGAGGGAGAACUCAUCGUGGACGGAACCAGGAGCAUUCUGGGAACGGAUGUGACGUACCCAAGCCACACAGAGAUUAGCGACAGUGCAUUGGAGUUAGUUCUGAAGCACAGAAACCCGUGCAAAUACUUCGACUGCAGUCCCGGUUACAGCUGCAAGAGGGAUGGGGAAGAGUUCUACUGCCUUUCUGAGUGUCUUCAGAAGUAUUGCCUGAACAAUGCACUUUGCAUUCAUCAGAACGGCUCUUUGCCAUCUUGCAGAUGCGAAGCGGAUCCGAUCGGCUGGUAUAACGGGGAGCGGUGCCAGCUGUACAUCCCGCAUCUGUGGGUCCUGAUGGCCGGGGGAGGGGCGGCAGGGAUCAUCGGGCUCACCAUCUUCGUCCUGUCCCUCUGUCUCUGUCUGCAAUGCUGCCGGCCCAAACGCAAGCCGGACGCCGAGGAGCCUCCGCUCGUCAAGACGAAACCAGUCAAGAAGAAGAAGUCGGACAAGAAAAAGCGGAAGAUGGACCAAGAUAACUGGUCUUUUGGCUCUUCGUACAAGAAGCCGAUGUUCCCAUACGCGCCUGGAGCAGUCAAGCCUGGGUACAAAUGGAACCCAACCCUGAACAUAGGCAACUCACACGUCGGAAAGUUACCAGUGUUGAUUGCCAUAGUGUACCUUGCGUAUCAGCGGACGGUUUUGGACAACAAUGCCCUACACGACACGUACACGGCAGAGGACAACAAGCCUCCUCUGUCCUGUCCCGACUCGACCCUACAUGCGCGAACCGCCGACGGUAGCUGUAACGACCUGGACGACCCGACCAUGGGCAUGCGCUUGUACCGCUUCGGUAGGAACGCACCCAUAGAGAAAACCUUCGUGGACGAGAAGAACCUCCUGAAACCGAAUCCGAGAGUCAUCUCCAACAAGCUGUUCAAGAGAGGAAAGUUCAUCCCCGCUACUUCUAUCAACCUGCUGGCGGCGGCUUGGCUACAGUUUCAAACGCACGACUGGUUCGAUCACGGCCUGAACCAGAGAGAGAACCCAAUCCACGUCCCCUUGCCCGAAGAUGACGAGUUACGGAAUCGCGGGGUUGAAACACUGAAGGUUUUUCGAACGGUUUCUGACCCGACUCAAACACAGACCGACCGCCCGAAAACCUUCCGCAACCACAACACCCACUGGUGGGACGGUUCACAACUGUACGGCAGCGAUUUGGACACCCAGCUGGCACUACGAGAGAUGAAAGACGGCAAGCUGAAAGUCACAGCCAGCGGCAUGAUCCCUCUAGACGAAAACACGGGCGUGGAAAAGACGGGAUUCUCGAGCAACUGGUGGGUGGGGCUCAGCAUGCUACACAACCUGUUCACGCGAGAACACAACGCGAUCUGUGAUAUGCUAAAGGCGAAGUACCCGAAGAUGACCGACCAAGAACUCUUCGACAAAGCUCGGCUCAUCAACGCUGCUGUGAUGGCGAAGCUGCACACCGUGGAGUGGACCACAGCUCUCCUGUACAACGACAUCUUACACGUGGGCAUGAACACAAACUGGGUAGGAUUUUUGGGUCAACUGGGUGCUCUUGGAGACUUUCUGAAACCUUUUCUGCCUUCAAGCUAUAUUCUGGAUGGAAUACCCGGUUCGAAAAAGGAACUACAUGGCGUCCCGUACUCCCUGACGGAGGAGUUCACAGCCGUUUAUCGCAUGCACUCUAUUCUACCAGAUGUCAUCCACAUGCAAGACGUGGCGACCAAAAAACGUACCGGCGAGACCUACCCGUUGAAAGAUACUCUCUUCAGCGACGCUUUUAAUGUUGUUAAGAAGCAGGGCAUGGAGAAGCUUUUCUACACCUUUGGUGUGGAGAACCCGGGCGCUCUUGUUCUCCACAACUUCCCGAACUCCAUCCGAGAUCUGCAGCUUCCUGAAUCGCAGAACUCGGAGUUUGUUGACAUGGCGACUGUGGAUGUGCUGAGGGAUCGGGAAAGGGGCGUACCGCGCUACAACGAGCUUCGGCGUCACCUCAACAUGGCCCCCGCGGAGACCUUCCAGGACAUUACCGACGACCCAAAGGUUGCCGAUGAGUUGAGCACCAUGUACAACGGAGACGUUGAAAUGGUUGAUCUAUUGGUGGGGUGCAGCGCAGAGAGCCCUCGCCCCACCGGGUUCGGAUUCAGUGACACGGCCUUCCGACUCUUCAUCCUCAUGGCCACCCGGCGUCUCCGGGCUGAUCGCUUCUACACCGACUACUACAACAGCGCUACGUACACCCAGGAAGGGUUAGACUGGGUGGAGCAGGCGACGAUGUCCUCCGUGCUCCUGCGCCACUUCCCGAGCCUGGAGGGAGCUCUAAGCGGCGUCACCAACGCCUUCCGCCCGUGGAAGCUACAACAGGCGUCCGCUGGUCCGUCUGCACGUCCAGCCGGUAUCCCUGGCAACAACGGUUUCCCUGGCAACAACGGUCUUCCUGGCAACCCUGGUCGUGAUGGGACGAAGGGAGACCAAGGAGACCAGGGUCCACCCGGUUCUCCCGGUACAUCGGCUACCAGGAACGUGAAGCAGUGUACCUGGGACAACCUGAGCAGUCAAGCUGCCUCUGGAGUGAUUGUGGAGUGUCCGUUCAACAAGUCGUCUUCGACAUCUGCCCUGCGUUUGACAUGGAACGGCGCCACCAGAAUCAUUAAUUGGGCCAACACCCCCUGUUGUAAGCGCUGGUUCCUCACACUGAACGGAACCGAGUGCACCGAUCCUGCUCCCAUUGACGGCAUCAUGUACAUGCACAACCGUGUUGAAGACGGUUACGUCAAUGUCCAUCGUGCGACCACAAUUGACGGCCUGUGUUACGGCGAGCCGGCUGGUCCUGUGACGGUGGCCCUGAAUGUCGGCCCAUGCUCACAUGAUGGACUCGACGAAGGGUCACCCCACACAGGGUACAACUCCUACUCCCGGAUCAUCGUGGAGGAACUGGACAUAUAACCCGGAAAUGAUUACAUCUGUCCCGGGAAAGAAUAUCUUGCUGAAUCACUACUAGUAUUUGUCAAAGUCG